GGCCGGCAUGUCGAUUGUCGAGCGGAAGUUGUUGGGGGAGGGUUUGUGUCACAACAGGAAGAAGAGACCCGCGUAUUCACAUUUUCUAACGUUUUUUUUUUUUAAACAAACCGUAAUUACUUCCAUAUUAUGUUGAAGCGGAAAGAAAAACAAUCGGCCCAAAGUGAACCUUUCAGAGUAUUUUAGACAAAAAUAUCGACCCCCAGCCGUGAAGAAGGCCGGGUUCAAAGUUCACAGGAAGCAGGGGGGCUGCCAUCUUUAGCCUGCUGUAACGCUAGCAUUUAAACGUUAAGGAGCGCGGCGCUUUGUAGCUAGCUUAUCGGUUACCGACUGCUCGCCUCGACUCGCUACCGUCCUUUCUCCCGCCGCGGUCGCUCACGACACUUCGCCGGUGGAUGAAUUCGGCAUGGAGAAAGCAGCGGAGCCGUCUUGGACUUCUUCGUACACAUAUCAGGUGAGCAAGCACAGCGCCGAGAUGCUACACAACCUCAACGUCCAGAGGAAAGAUGGAGGCAGGUUUUGCGACGUGAUCCUGCGCGUGGGCGAGGAGAGCUUCCCCGCUCACAAGGCGGUGCUGGCGGCGUGCAGCGAGUACUUCGAGUCGGUCUUCGGCGGCGGCAACGCCAGGGAGCUGGAGAUGCACACAAUCAGCCCGAAAGUUUUUAAAGACAUCUUAGACUUCGCGUACACGUCGAGGAUUGUGGUGCGACUGGAGAGCUUCCCUGAACUCAUGACGGCUGCCAAGUUUCUGCUGAUGCGCUCCGUCAUCGAGAUCUGCCAGGAGGUCAUCAAACAAUCCAAUGUGCAGAUCCUCGUCCCGGCAUCAAGGGGAGGGAACGCCAGCCUCUUCCAGGCCGUUGGAUCCACGGAGCUGGGCUUCACGGUGGCCCAGCAGGAGGACUUGGUGAACGGGCAGAGCUUCGCCAACAAUGGCCCGGUUGAUGGGGGUGCGCUCUUGGAGGACGCCGCGGAGGGAUCGAUGCAUAUCCUCCAGCAAGUGGACGAAGUACCGACCGAAGCAACGGGGGGCUCCUUUCAUCACGGCACCAAGCGGGGCAGGGGGAGACCCAAGAAAGCAGGCGGGUCAGAAGAGUCCGUCCACUUGAACUACAACACGCAGAAAGACAUUGUCCUCUUUCCGUGCGGGGCUUGUGGCAAAGCUUUCACCGAAGCCUCCCGUCUGAAGAACCACGAAGCCCAACACGGAGCGACCAUCGGUGGUCGCUCGACGCCCGGCAACAUGGCGCUGCUGGACCGGGAGAAUGGGGAGCAUUUCCCCGGAGAGCUGACGCUCGACAGCGGUCGCAAGAGGGAGAGGACGCGGCGGCACGUGGGCUGUGACAUUUGCGGUAAAGUCUUCCGCGACGUUUACCACCUGAACCGACAUAAGCUGUCGCACUCCGGGGAGAAGCCCUACGCCUGUCAUGUGUGCGGACUCCGCUUCAAACGCAAAGACAGGAUGUCUUAUCAUGUGCGCUCCCACGACGGCUCUGUGGGAAAGCCCUACGUGUGUCAAAGUUGCGGCAAAGGCUUUUCCAGACCAGACCACCUUAACGGGCAUAUCAAGCAAGUCCACACAACAGAGAGACCCCACAAGUGCCAGAUUUGUAAUGCCUCUUUUGCAACAAGAGAUCGCCUCAGGUCACACCUCGCAUGUCACGAGGACAAAAUUCCCUGCAAAGUUUGCGGCAAGUUCCUCCGAGCGGCCUACAUGACAGACCACCUCAAGAAACACAGCGAAGGAACGCACAACUACUGCGGAAUUUGCAACAAAGGUUUCUCCACUGCCUCCUACCUUAAGGUGCAUACGAAAACACAUCAUGGCUCUCCACUGCCCCCCUCUGCCACAUUGCACACCUUCCCUGAGCCAAGCGGGGAACUUCAGAUGCAAAACGGCACCCCUUACCACAUGGGACGCCAGUGCUCAGUGGAAGACGCCAGUCGACAGCUGGUAUUCUCCUCGCCUGAGGCGGGGGCUCACUUUCACGGACAUCCACUCCUCCCCCAGCCUUGCCCUCCAGCCUUGGGCCAGCAGCCCGAACUGUUUGUAGGGAGGCCAGGCGGGGCUCCGUAUUUCUGGCAGUGUCGCUCUGGUGGGGUGCCUGCUUUUCCCGUCCACGGGCCUGCUGCAGACGGGCAGGAAAAUGCCGGCAAGUGUCCUCAUCUGGAUUCGGAAGAAUCAGAUCCUUCAUUCGGGGACCUGUCCAACAGUGAAGAACUGAAAUCCCCAGACAAGUCUGACAGGCCGGAGUUGGACAUGCCCUCGCCGGCCUGCAACGGAACAUCUUCGGAGGGCCUGGGCUCUCCGGAGGGUCCCAAAGCCAAGACGGACCCCGAGAAGAAGUUCACCUGCGCCAUUUGUGGUCAGGCCUUCCGCACCAAGUCCUACCUCAAAAAACACCAGCACAGAGUACACAAAACCCCGAAGGCUCAGGCGGGCUCAGGGUCCAGUUUAAGCGACCUGGCCCCCUUCUCGCCUCAGCAGAGCAUGUCUCUGCUUGAGUCCUUCGGCUUCCAGAUAGUACAGUCGGCUUUCGCCUCGUCACUGGUAGACGUGGAAGCGGGUCAAAGCGGAGUGCACUUUGGAGGGAAGUGAGGCGCCCGGUCUGCCGUGUUCAGGACAAAGCCAGGUUGUGCUGUCUUUGCCUCAAGACUACUUCUCUUGCUCAAUGUGUGCAUUUUUGUCAGACUGCCAUAUGAUUCCUACUUUUUCUACUUUUUCAGAGUAUGGAAAGUGCAUACACGCUGUAGUAAUUCUCUUUAUACAGAAAGAAGAAGACAUGGAGCAUACGAUGAGACUUCAGUUGUUUUUGUUAUUAUUUGACUUUCACAUAUUCCUGCACAUGUGACGAGUACACGUAUGCGUCCGUUACUGUUGCGCCAAUCGUCUUGGCCAUCAGGACAGUGGGCGGGGCUUGAUUUAUUUAUGUUACUUCCACCGACAGGACGCUUUAAACGUUUUGAAUGCAAGCAAACACCUUUCACAUUUUGCUUUAGUCACUAAAGAAGUGCAAGCAACCGACAGACGAAAGUUAAGAGGCACUUUUUUUUCUUUUUCUUUUUUACUUUUCCAGCACAUUCUGGAGACAUGCUUGUCAGAAUCAUCAAUCAUCGAUUCUUUGUUCAUAGUUGCGAUGGAGAGAAUAGCCGACGAUCAGCGUGAACGCAAACAUUUUUAAUUUUCCUAUUGGCAAUGCUGUUCCCUAAACAUUGACAAUGUUCCCUAUCCAUGCUUGACCUAAAUCAUGAUAUUGUUCCCCAUCCUUGUGUUUUCAAACGAUGACAAUGUUCCCCAUCCCUGCACGUUCCCCAAACGAGGACCACGAUCAGCUUGAUGAUCAGGAUAUAUUUUAUGAAUGUAGAUUCUAUUUUAUUAACUUAUUCAUGCCCCUGCUCUUGGGUGCACUUUUGUUUGUGUAAAUUUCCAAGUUUUUGUCCAUUUUGAAGCUCUUGUUCUAAGUUAUGUUUAGGAAUGUGUGUGUGUGAGGUUGUUGAGCCCCUUUCACACAGAAAUGCUGCAAAAUCGGUCCUCUAACCAUUAACCCGGCAUUUAUUCACCUGUGGCUUUUUAUGCAGAACACACGAAAAUCGUCCAUUCGACGCUGCCAGGCUUCGGUCCCUCUUUUUGCCGUUACAGAAUAAGUUAAGACAAAGUCUGAUGGCGGCAGAAAAGUGGGACCACGGUGAGACUUUCCCACACCUGCUCUUGCUGUUACGGCUAUAUUGCGGUACCUCAAUUUAAUUUUGUAUGGCGUUCCAAAAGGUCAGACGAAAACGGAAUCUUUCAAAAACUAAAGCAAUUUUCCUCAUAAGAAAUGACGUAAACUAGAAAAGCACUCAGAGCGCAGACCUCCGCCAGGCCCGAUCUCCCACAAAGAAGUACUGAGCAAAAUUAGCGACCAUCUUGUAAUGCUACGAUCCGCCCGCUCUUUUGGACUUUUUACUUUUACCUUUUUGAAGAUUUCUGUUGGCGGGGAUGGCAAUAAGCAGAGCAGGGGAGAAGGGAAGGAGAGGUCCAUGCAAAUGACUCAUUUUGUAAUUUGCUACAAGUACCUAAUUAAAGUCACUAGUGUUUCUCACCUUCUUUAUCAAAGUCCUGGCACUCGCAACUGUCUUUGCCCCACGGUAGAAUAUUUGCAAUCGCAUUCAGUUUGAAAAAAAAAAGACGAAUACUUAAGUCACCAAUGUGAGGGAUUAUUUGUUUGGGAACUUCAUUCCACAGGCAAACGGACUAGUUUGUUAUAUAUACAAUAACCGAGAUAGUAUACGGAAAAUGGUGCAGAAUUUUCGCCAGAAACAUCGAAUCCUACAAUAGGUGUAGCAUACGAAGGUACCUCCAUAGACCGUUUUGACGGGUUCUGUCAGAGCUGCUGUUAGGGCUAUUUUGGGCGUGUCUGCAUGAAAGGGGCAGUGAUAAGAAAAGGGAUGUAAUCCAAGGGACCAAUCAUAGACUCACGUUAGCUACCUGUGUGACAUUCCCCUGAAGAUGAAAUAAAGAGUGUUUUCUACUGUA